UCCACCUGUUUAAACGAACCUGUUUCAACCAGACUGAAACAAACAAGGACGGUGUUCUUGUGUUACAGAGUGUCUCUUGCACUUUUGCUUGGCUUGAAGUGAUUCUCAUGGAAAAAGACAAUGUCUGACCAGGGAAGAUGUCCAUCUCCAAGCUGUGUGUCUUUAAAAAGUGACAAAUCUAGGGAUUAUCCUCUUGAGUUCAAACAGUCUCACCAAGGGAGAUUUCCCUCCCCGAGCUGCAUGUCCUUAAAAAGUGACAAAUCAAGGGAUUAUCCUCUUGAGUUCAAACAGUCUGACUCAGGAAGAUCUUCCUCCCCGAGCUGCAUGUCUUUAAAAAGUGACAGAUCUAGGGAUUAUCCUCUUGAGUUCAAACAGUCUGACCAAGGAAGAUGUCCAUCUCCAAGCUGUGUGUCUUUAAAAAGUGACAAAUCUAGGGAUUAUCCUCUUGAGUUCAAACAGUCUCACCAAGAAAGAUCUCCCUCCCCGAGCUGCAUGUCCUUAAAAAGUGACAAAUCUAGGGAUUAUCCUCUUGAGUUCAAACAAUCUGACCCAGGAAGAUCUUCCUCCCCGAGCUGCAUGUCCUUAAAAAGUGACAAAUCUAGGGAUUAUCCUCUUGAGUUCAAACAGUCUGACCAAGGAAGAUGUCCAUCUCCAAGCUGUGUGUCUUUAAAAAGUGACAAAUCUAGGGAUUAUCCUCUUGAGUUCAAACAGUCUGACCAAGGAAGAUGUCCAUCUCCAAGUGGUGUGUCCUUAAUAAGUGACAAAUCUAGGGAUCAUCCUCUUGAGUUCAAACAGUCUCACCAGGGAAGAUCUCCCUCCCCGAGCUGUGUGUCUUUAAAAAGAGCUCUUGAGCUCAAACAGUCUGACCCAGGAGGAUUUCCCUCCCCGAGCUGCAUGUCCUUAAAAAGUGACAAAUCUAGGGAUUAUCCUCUUCAGUUUAAACAGUCUGACCAGGGAAGAUGUCCAUCUCCAAGUGGUGUGUCCUUAAAAAGUGACAAAUCUAGGGAUUAUCCUCUUCAGUUUAAACAGUCUGACCAGGGAAGAUGUCCAUCUCCAAGUGGUGUGUCCUUAAAAAGUGACAAAUCUAGGGAUUAUCCUCUUCAGUUCAAACAGUCUGACCAGGAGAGAUGUCCAUCUCCAAGCUGUGUGUCUUUAAAAAGUGACAAAUCUAGGGAUUAUCCUCUUCAGUUCAAACAAAGUUACCAGCAAACAUCUGAAUAUUUCACCGUUCCUCAAACAAAACUGGAUUCAAUAUUUAAGGCCCUGGAGGAGAACAUUGCUGCUUUUAUGAGGAUUGAGCUGAAGAACUUCAAAAGACUUUUACAACGAGAUUACAAUAAAACCUUUAUGAGCCCAGAGGAGGCUGCUGAUGAGAAGAGGAACAGCAAAGAUGCUUUUCUAAGCAUUGUUCUGAAGUUUCUAAGGAGGAUGAAGAACGGGGAGGUGGUCUGCUCUCUGCUGAACAGUUUGAUCAUGUGUCAGUGUGAGGUGAAGGAACAAGCCCACUUAAGCAGAAAUUAUAGACUUUCUGCAGAACAUGGCAGCCCAAUAAGAACGGAGAGUGUUCACCAGAAACCAUCAGAGGAGUUCAGCACUCAUCAAAUAAACCUCAGCGCAAUAUUUAAGAUGCUUGAAGAAGAUGUUUUGAACUUUGCCAAGAAUGAGCUGAAGACUUUCCACAACAUUUUAAGCCUAGAUUACCCAGAAUCCUUUGAGAAUCAAGAGGUAGUUACCUCUGAAGAAGAGAAUGAAAAUAUAAACCUUAAGAAGAAUUUUUUGAAAAUCACUCUGGAAUUUAUGAGGAACAUGAAGCAAGAAGAACUUGGUAACGCCCUGCAAAACAAGGGUGUCGUAACCAUAUGCCAGCACACACUAAAGACUAACCUGAAGAACAGGUUGGCUUUCGUGUUUGAAGGAAUAAACAAGGCAGGAAAUCCAACACUUCUGAGUCAGAUCUACACCGAUCUUUAUAUCACCGAAGGAAAUCCCACAGGGGUCAACUGUAAACAUGAAGUGAAGCUGAUUGAAAAAGCGUUCUUGAAAUCAGUUAAACCAGAAAUAACAAUUAGACGUGAAGACAUCUUCAAAUCCUCAUCAGGAAGUGAUAAGCCAAUCAGAACAGUGAUGACAGAGGGAGUAGCUGGCAUUGGGAAAACAGUCUUGACAAAAAAGUUCACACUGGACUGGGCAGAAGGCAAAAUUUACCAGAAUUUCCAGUUCAUAUUUCCAUUUUCCUUCAGAGAGCUAAAUAUGUUGAUGAGGAAAAAGUUCAGUUUGGUUGAACUUAUUCAUCUUUUCUUUCCCGGAAUGAAGGAAGCAGGGAUCUGCAGCUUUGAAGAAUUUAUAGUUUUGUUCAUCUUUGAUGGUCUGGAUGAGUGUCGACUUCCUUUGAACCUGAAAACUAAUGAGAUUCUGACUGAUGCUACAGAGCCCACAACAUUAGAAGUGAUGCUGACAAACCUUCUCGAGGGAAAGUUACUUCCUGCAGCUCACAUCUGGAUCACAACUCGACCUGCAGCAGCCCAUCAGAUUCCUCCUGAGUUUAUUGACCUGGUGACAGAAGUCAGAGGAUUCAAUGACCCCCAGAAGGAGGAGUACUUCAGAAAGAGAUUCACAGAGGAAGAGGAAAGCAGAAGAGUAAUUUCUCACAUCAAAGCAACAAGGAGCAUCUUCAUAAUGUGUCACAUCCCUGUUUUCUGCUGGAUCACUGCUACUGUUCUAGAGGAGGAAUUCAGAACCAAGCAGAAAAGAGACUUACCCAAAUCCCUGACAGAGAUGUACAUCUACUUCCUGUUUGUUCUGUCCAAAGUAAAAAAUCUCAAAUAUGAUGGAAGAACUGACAUAGAUCCCGUCUGGACUCAAGAGACCAAAGAAAUGAUACAGGCAUUAGGGAGACUGGCCUUUCAGCAAUUAAUGAAAGGCAACCUGUUCUUCUAUGAAUCUGACCUGACAGAGUGUGGCAUCGAUGUCAGAGCAGCCUCAGUGUAUUCAGGAGUGUUCACAGAGAUCUUUCAGGAGGAGAAAGGCCUGUUCAACGAGAACGUGUUCUGCUUUGUCCACCUGAGCAUUCAGGAGUUCCUGGCUGCUCUCCAUGUCCAUCUGACAUUCACCAACACUGGAGUCAAUCUGCUGGCAGAAGAGCAAUCGACGUCUACCACCUUUGAGGAUUUUUAUCAGUUUGCAGUAGACAAAGCUUUACAGAGUCCACAUGGUCAACUGGACCUGCUCCUUCGGUUCCUUAUGGGUCUCUCACAGGAAACCAGUCAGACUCUCCUCCAUGGCCUCAUUACAGAAAACAGAAAAAGAAGCAGCUCCAGUCAGAACACUGUCCAGUACAUCCAGAUGAAGAUUGUUAACAUCAAUUGUAUUUUCAAAAAAAACAACUUAUUUCAGUGCCUGAAUGAGCUGAGAGACUGUUCGCUAAUAGAAGAGAUGAAAGCAAUUCGAAGACCAGGAAGGUUGCCAGCAGACCAGCUGCCGCCUGCUAAGUGGGCAGCGUUGGUCAACAUUAUUUUGUCUUCAGCAGAAAAGCUGGAUGAGUUUUACCUGAAUAAUUACUUUGAGUCAGACAACGCUUUACUGGGCCUUUUAAAUGUGAUCGUAAUCUCCACUAAGGCCGUGCUGAGUUGCUGUAAUCUGACAGAGAUGAGCUGUAGUGGUUUAACCAUCGGUCUCCAGUCCCAUUGCCUCCUUCUUAAGGAACUGGACCUCAGCAACAACGACCUGAAAGACUCAGGAGUGAAGCUGAUGUGUGAAGGCCUACGUAGUCCACAAUGCACACUGGAAAGUCUCAGCCUGUCAGGCUGUCUCAUCACAAAGGAAGGUUGUGCAGAACUGAUGUCAUCUCUGAAGUUCAAUUUCUGCCACUUGAAAGAGUUGGAUCUGAGCUACAACCACCCAGAAGAAUCUGGAGUGAAGCAUCUUUCUGCAGGACUGGAGGAUUCAAAGUGGGCAUUGCAGACUCUCAGGGUUGAGCCAAUGGGAUCACAGUUCUUAAAACCUGGUCUGAGAAAGUAUGCCUGUGAACUCAUGCUGGACCCUAACACUGCUCAUAGGAACCUAAUACUGUCAGAAAACAACAGAAAAGUGACAAUGGCAGGAGAGAAGCAGUCAUUUCCUGAUCAUCCAGAGAUGUUUGAUGUCUUGGAACAGCUGCUGUGUACCGAUGGUCUCACUGGUCGCUGUUACUGGGAGGUUGAGUGGAGAGGAAGCGUUCACAUCGCAGCAGCUUACAAACGAAUCAAAAGGAAAGGUGAAAGUGAUGACUGCACUUUAGGAAAGAAUGAAGAGUCCUGGAGCCUGCUGUGCUCUGAUGAUGGUCACUCUGGCCUGCACAAAAACAAACUAAUGCCCAUCCAGGGAGCUCCUUCAAGCAGAGUGGGAGUUUACCUGGACUGGCCUGGAGGCAUUUUGACCUUCUUUGGAGUAUCAUCUGGCAAACUGAAACACCUUCAGACGUUCAACGCCAAAUUCACAGAGCCGGUGUACCCUGCUUUCAGGAUUACCUCAGAGCCGCUGAAUUCCUCUCUGUUUUUAAGCUACAUGUAGUGAAAAUUAUAUAGAGCCGCAUUAUCUGUUUUUCACAGCUUUACAGUAUUGUACCUUAAAAAAACAAAACAUUUUUUUAUACAUUCAGACUUUUAUACCUGAACUUUUUGGUGUGUUUACUUUUUGUUUGUCUCAUAUUGUUUUUCAUGUACUAGAAAUAAUCAAUUCAGUCAGGUGGGAAAACUGCUUAUUGUUUUAUUUGAUGCUUAAUGCUUAUCAAUCAUAUUAUCUCUAACUUGCUUGGUUUAGCUGAUUUCACUUUGAGUUUCCAGGUACUUUAGUUAUUUCUUUCAUUUAAUUUGUACUUUGGUUCUUAUUUUUCCAUCAGCCAUUGUUCUCAGCCCAUACUAAUCAUCUGAUUACUUUCCCCUGCUCUCCAGGCUUUCUCUCUUCAUUUCCCUCUGUAUUUAAGCAGCCCUGUUUCCUUAUCCCAUUGUCAGAUCCUCCGUUAUGCAACCUGCUGUACAGUCCUGAAUACCUCAGUCCAUGUAAACUUACAUUGUCCCUGUAAAAUAAAGAUGAAAUAAAUAAUAAAGGAGA